CACGGAUGCCAGGGCUGAACCUUUUUAUUUAAGCACCGACAACCUGAGGACAACCUGGCUGCAGGACGCGAGUGAGGAACAUGUUAUCAUGCCGGGGCUGAGCACGGAUCUGGAGCACAACCAUGACGAACGGUUCGACCUGCAACGAAACAGACCUCAAGCCUUUCUAUGCGAUUACGUACACUUUCAUCCUGGUCCCUGGGCUAAUAGGAAACACAUUAGCUUUGUGGGUCUUUUACGGGUACAUGAAAGAGACUAAAAGGGCCGUAAUAUUUAUGAUCAAUUUAGCCAUUGCCGACUUAUCGCAGGUUUUGUCCUUGCCCCUGAGGAUUUUCUACUACUUGACUGGGACGUGGGAAUUUGGAGGAGGUCUCUGCAUGCUUUGCUUCUACCUGAAGUACGUCAAUAUGUACGCAAGCAUCUACUUCUUGGUUUGCAUCAGCGUAAGACGAUAUUUGUUUCUUAUGCACCCAUUCAAAUUCAGCGACUGCAAACGCGUCUGUGAUGUGUACAUCAGCAUCGUUGGGUGGGUCGUGGUCUGCGUUGGCUGUUUGCCUUUCCCGCUUCUCAGACUUCACCAGGGUGCUAAAAACACGUGUUUUGUGGAUCUCCCCGUGAUGGAAGUUGACCUUCCCAUCUCCAUCGCAAUGAUGACGAUAGGUGAAUUGGUGGGGUUCGUAACACCCCUACUCAUCAUCCUAUACUGCUCGUGGAAGACUAUCUUAUCACUAAAAGAAAAAAAUUCUGCUUCACAUGACCUUGGAGAGAAAAAAAAGGCUUUAAAGAUGAUUCUCACCUGCGCUCUGGUAUUUCUGAUUUGCUUUGCACCUUAUCAUAUCAGCUUUCCACUAGAUUUCUUUGUCAAAACCAAAAAGAUUAAAAACGGGUGCGUCCAGAAGGUGAUCUCGGUGUUUCACGUUGUAGCUUUGUGCCUUGCCAGCUUGAACUCCUGCGUGGACCCAGUCAUCUACUACUUUACUACAGAUGAGUUCAGGAGACGCCUUUCCAGGCAGGAUUUGCAAGACAGCGUUCAGCUCCACAACCUCAGUUACGUGAGGAAGCACUCCAGGGAUGUGCUCAGGGAGGACCCCAUGAACUACUAG